ACUUUUACCUGCAUAGACACACACGUACACGCACACGUACGAAAUCACAUGCGCGCGCGCACACACAUAGACAAGGCACACACCUUUACACUCACACACACUCACACGCGCAACUUUAUACCGUUAAAUGCAGCCUAAUAGAGAUAUUGCACAUGGACCGGAUUCGUUUGGCCCUCCCUGAUUUAGUCGCGUGAAGCCGAUCAUCCGACAUCGUCUGAGCCUGCAAGUGUUUAAAUUAUUGUAUUAUUUUAUUUUAUUUAUUUUCAUUUAUUUAUUUUUUACAUUUUUGGUAUGAGGUGAGAAUGAGCACGAACUCGCAGGAAAAGUGUGCGAGCGCCCCGGUUUCCAGCUUCACCAUCCGCUCCAUACUGGGCGCACCAGCUGACACAGGUAGCUCGGCGGAUGCGGACGACAAGAGCCCCAAGGUGACAACGCCGCGAAAGCGUGCGCUCUCGGUGUCCGCGUCCGGCUCCGAGGAUGAGGCGAGCGGAGCGGAGGCGGAAGACGCGGCGGACUGCUGCUGCCUCUCCGAGCCCGGUCUUCCGGAACCGUGCAGCCGGCACCGCGCGCUCACAUUCCCCUGUCUCGGUUCGAGUAAAUCGCUUCUUCCGGGACCGGAAGCAAUGGAUCGCGCGCACCAUCAUCACCUGGCGCAGUCGUUAUUACCAGAUUAUCGGGAGGAACACCAGCGCGAGCGGGACAGGGAGCGCUCGUGCGGUCGGGUGUCUCCCGUUUCUGCGGAGCAGCAGCGCGAGGGAGCGGAGAAGCAAAGCGGAGGUGCAGGAGGAGGAGGAAGCGCAGCAAAGAAGAAGACGCGCACGGUGUUCUCGCGUAGCCAGGUGUACCAGCUGGAGUCCACGUUCGACGUGAAGCGCUACCUGAGCAGCUCGGAGCGCGCGUGCCUGGCCUCGAGCUUGCAGCUGACAGAGACCCAAGUAAAGACGUGGUUUCAGAACCGUAGGAACAAGUGGAAGAGGCAGAUCUCCGCCGAACUCGAGGCGGCCAACGCCGCGCACGCAUCUGCAGCGCAUGCGCUAGUCGGCGUACCGCUCGUGCUCCGGGAGAACUCGCUGCUGCGCGUGCCCGUGCCGCGCUCGAUCGCGUUCCCGACGCCGCUCUACUACCCUGGAAGUAAUUUACCCCCGCUGCCCUUGUACAACCUCUACAACAAAGUCGAAUAUUAACUCUUCACAGAGCAAAAACAAUAAGUUAUCAUCAUCAUCAUCAUCACCAUUAGCCUCAUUAUCAUCACUAUUAUAAUUAAUAAUUAUUAAAAAUUAUUGGAGUCCACAUUUAUACCGAAAUAACAUUUCUAAUUAUGCAGCGAUGAAAAGACCCUAUGUGUGUAAAACAACAACAACAGCAAGAAGAAACAUAAAUGCAAAGGAACUCAGUGGAGCACCUUCUGUACAUGUUGUAUAAGAUACACCGUGUGUAUACUGGAUUAUUUUGUACAUUUAUUUACAUUUUCUGUCUCUUUAUUAUAACCAAUUUUACGCGUUAUAUGUGAGGAGGAAAAAAAUGGAUUAACUUUAUGACUUUCUGCUGUGAAGGAAAAAGGAUUAAAAUAAUAAUAAUAAAAGUGAGCACUGAAUUGAAAAUGAUUUAACAUUACACUGUUUAUGAGAGAGAGAGUAAGAGAGUGAGGGACAUAAUAGUUAACAGUGAGUGAGUGAGAUAAUGAGUGAGGGUGAGAAUAAGUGAGAAAGAGAGUGAUUGAGUGCUAGAGUAAGAUAGUGAGAAUGUGAGUGUGUGAGCAAGUGAGUAAGGACGCAGGUGAGUGAAAGAGAGGCAGUGAUGAGAGUGAAACUAAGACUGAGUGAAAGUUUAAGUAAGUUGGAUUGAGUGAGUGAGUGAGAGGUUAUAAGAAAGUGAG